UGACUCUGGGCGGUCGGGAGUGGAGGGUUCUAGAAGGCGUGACGUGGGGGUCGAAGCGGGCUUGGAGGCGGGUUCUCGUGGGCGGCGGCGGCGGCGGCCGCCACUACGGGACCUGGAAAUACACUAGCGACUGGGGUGGCGGACGCAGCCUUGUCUCGAAGGCCAUGGCGGCGCUCGGCCGGCCCUUCAGCGGCCUCCCUCUGAGAGGCAGCGCGGACUUCCUGCAGCCGCCGCCGGCCUUCGCGGGCCGGGCCUUCCCGCCAGGAGCCGCCGGCCCUGACCUGGCCCCGCGGCCGGGCUCCCGCGUUGCGCCCAGCAGCCCGAGCGGGAGAACAGCGCGCGGACGUGUUCCCAUUCACUGUAGAAAGAAACACAAGCGAUUGGCGGAGGAUGAUGAGUGUCCAAUAAGAAAGAAGAGACUGACUGAAGCUGAAUUCUGCUCAGUUGCUAAUGAAUGGGUUCUUGACACACACCAGGGUUUAGAAGGUCAUGGAGUAAACUCGUGUCCUAGUGGUCUUUCUGUACCCAAUAUGCUAGAUGCUAUCUGUGAAGAAAUGGAUCAAACGACUGCAGAACCACAGUGUGAAAUUGCCCGAAGGAGGCUUCAGGAGAUUGAGGACAGGUUCUCUGGGGUUGUGGACUGUAGACUGGUUAUCCUUUGCUUUAUGGCUAAUACCACUUUCGAGAUAAUUGACGAAGAUGAAGAGGUUGAAAGUGACAGAAAUGUUAGCCAUCUCCCAAGUCUUGUCCUUUCUGACACAAUGAAAACGGGUUUGAAGAGGGAAUUCGAUGAAGUCUUCACAAAGAAGAUGAUUGAGUCUAUGAGCCGUCCUUCUAUGGAACUUGUGCUCUGGAAACCUCUCCCUGAAAUCCUUUCUGAGAAGCCAAAGCCAUCAUCUAACCCUAAGAACUACAUGGGAGAGAGCCAAACGAAGCAUACAGCUGCCAUCACUGCCUUUCCACAGAGAACUGAAGUGUUACUGGAGCCUCGGCACACGGACACGCCACUUUACCAUAGUCUGGACACAGCUGCUAGCACAGAGGAAGAGAUGGAGCUCUAGAGACCAGCUCUGCGUCAGCUUGGCAAGUUAUAGAAGGCUCCUGUGUUCAGUAAUGAGCCUGCCUGUAUAGUAUAGGGACCUGAAAGUUUUAUGAAACGGGUGUAAUAUCUCCACCUGUGAUUUAGGGUGGGACUGUCAUUGUGGGUAGCCAUUUAUCGAAUUCAACUUUUUGCCAAGGAAGCUUAUCUCAAGGGAAAUACAGUUUUCUAUCAGGCUUAUCCAAGAAAUGUUACAGUCUCUUUAAAGACAACCAUAGACGCUGGAUGUGUUAUGGUGACUGAAAUCGUCUGUCACAUUGUUGAAGCCAUUCAUUCUUACGAUGCUUAUAAAGAGGAAUGCUCCUAAUUGCCACUGCACCCUGACAGCUGAGUCAUGUGUUGAGCUUCUUGUAGUGGUGACUGUACGCAUGGGGAGCGGGAGGGAGGGAAAAAAGCAGUAGUUUGAGUCUCUUGCGAAGGAAUUAAAGAGGCAAUGAAACGUGCUGGCAUCAUCAGGUCCGGGUAGCCAUUAUUACUCAAGCAGUAGCUCUUGGUCUGCUUUAAUGACUGAUAAGCUCAGUUGGUCAGUGAUGUUUACACCUCAGUUAACUAUAAGUAAUUGAUUAAAAGAGUGUGAGGUAACCCUUAUAAAUUGCCUGAGAGAGAGGUGUCUCUUCAUGAAUCCUGGGGACAUGCAGUGUCAGCUAAAUCCGGCAUUAUUCAUAGCUUCUAAAGUUUAAAAAGGGAAGGUUGUACUUGCAUCCACAAGUUGAGUUUUUUAAUGUUGGUUUUGAAAACAGUGAAUUAGCUGAGAAUAAAUAUCUUGGAGAUUUACUGAAAUAGCUCAUUGUGCAGUGCUUAAGCUAUUGUAUAGUAAGCCUAAAAGUUAAUGGAAGAUGGCCUCCUACCAGCAGGAAAUGUUCACCCUGUGAGUACUAGAACCAGGCUCAAGGUGUUCUUGGGAAAAACCAGGGUAAAAGUUUUUAAUUUCUCAGGAAGAGCUCUUCAGCAUGGCAGGGUAUGUAAUGAAGGCUUGGCAACUCCUUCAGCGCUGUAGAGCAGUCUGUGUGAGAUAGCUCUUCCACAGCAGAGCACCUCAGUUCAGUUGUCACUUUCUGGGUCUUCUCCCGUUGUAGUGGAAAAAGAGAAAAAGUUCGCGCCAAGUAGAGGGGAAUUUUUAGAAACUAGCUUCCAGGCAUUUUUGCAGCCCAUGCUGAAAUCCCUCCCGUGAUGGCAUCGGAGUACUGGUCUGUACAGUGGACUGUCUCCUCUUGCCUAUCGUUCUUGCUCUCUCUGUUUCUGUCUGGAUGUCAGGAAAAAGUUUAAUGUUUAAUAUUUAAACAAAAUGGUUAUGUCUACACAAUAAAAUUACUCAAGCUUCAAACUAGUAUUGAAACCAGUUGGAAACCAGCUUAUUGUUUCUUCAUCUCAGACUCAGAGGUGAAAGAAAACUGUCUUCUGUUGAAAUGUACAAGUGUUUAACUCAUGUCGUUUGAAAACUCCUGACUUGUUUAAUGAGACCAACUAGUAAAGUUUAUAGCCUUAAAGAAUUCUCUGUGCCAAGGAGUUUUAAUACAGUGUAGAAGCAUACGAGGACUGCCCAGAGUUUGGGGUUAGCCAGUGUGAGAAUGGGAGGAAGUGGCAGCUUUCCAAAGUGCAUAGAACACCAGGACUGCCUCUUACCAAAGGCCUCAAAUGAUGCUGAUGCAUUUGGUAACCACUGGAGAGAAGAGGUGGCUUUUAAUGAAGAACAGAGCUUUUCAGGAGUCCUUAUCUGACAUGACCUUUAUUUCUGCAGGAAAAUGAUGUUUCAUGCUCCUUUUUGGACUUAUCUUCUUGCACAUAUUUGUACAAAAGUCAUCCCUCUUCAUCCUUGUGGUGCUGACUCAUCUGACUCUCCACAGCCCUGAUGCCUCUGCAGUCUGUUUUCUUUUCUAGCAUAAGCCUUUUGCUUUGCCUUAAGGUUUUCCUAAAGGUUUAACAGGUCUUUCCGUCUUGUGUAGUUUUUGAAGCAUGGAUCAGACAUUGGCUCAGUAUGUUAAUGUGUGAAGGUCAGCAAUUCUCUAAAGCAGGUGAGCUUCAAUGAACAAAUGUGUUUCUCUGAGUUUGAGUUGGGUGUAUGUAUGGGGAGGUUUGUUUGGGGGGGCAUUCUUGGUUGGGUUUUUUGUUUUUUGUUCUUAAUAUGAAGAAUCCAGUUCUCAUAAUUUAAAUCAGUUAAACACUGCUCAUUCUUGAAAAGAUAAAAAUGUAAAAUGUAGAAACAAGUAGGACAGGACUUAGAAUAACUUCAGGGGGAACAUUAACUAGCAGGUCCAUAGUGACAAGAAUGGUACAGAACUAAGAACAUUCUGGAAGAUGGUGUCAAUUUUACUUUAAAAAUGAGAAUCUGUUUUUUCUGUGUUUUAUUAUCUCCAAUAAAAGUCAAGUGUUUUCAACUGUU